AUGGAAAAAGAAAAAGUUUUAUUUCCUGGGAAAUAAAUAGGUGAUUAUGUAUUUAUGGAAGAACUUGGAAGAGGGAAUUAUGGAUGUGUAUAACAAUAAAUUGAUCUUAGGUUUAUAAAUGCAAAAAUAUAUCUGAUUAAUCUAUUCAUGCAAUCAAAGUUAUUGAAUAUUAGUCUCCUUCUUUUAAAGGCGGAAUUGUAGGGUAAUUAUUAAAAGAGGAAAUUAAUUCGCUUGCUUAAAUUGAAUCUCCUUAUGUUUUAAGGCUUGAGCAUUAUUUGCAGACAACAAAUAGAUGUUACAUCGUAAUGGAAUAUUGUGAUUGUAACUUAAAAAAAUAUAUAGUCAGCAGGAGAUUUGUAUUAAUAUUGGUUAAAGUAUAAUAGAAUUCUAGAUGAAAAUAAAACUUUAGUCAUAAUUAGAUAAAUUCUGAAUGGAUUAAUGGAAUUACAUAAAAAUAAAAUUAUUCAUAGAGAUUUGAAAUUAGCUAAUAUUUUACUUAACAAAAGUUAGGUAAAAUUAGCUGAUUUAGGUUUUUGUAAAAGGCUAAAGGAUAAUGUAAAAUUAUAAUAAUUUUUAAGGAUAUUCAUGAUAAACUUCAACUAGGUUCUCCUGGGACUAUAGCACCAGAAAUAGUAAAUAAAGAGAGCUAUGGAUUGUAAUCUGAUAUAUUUUCUAUUGGUUGUAUAUUCUAUUAAUUACUCUUUGGUGAACUCCCAUUCAAUUUUCAUUCAACUGAAUUAUAUCUAAAAUAGAUAGAUGAAUGUAACUUAUCAUAAAAUUAGAAUAAAUCAAUUUUAAAAGAAAUGGAGUUAAAGUAUCCAAAAAUGUAUAAUCAAUUAUUUAAAGAAUGUUAGUUCGAGAUCCUAAAAAAAGACUAACAUUUCCAGAGCUUUAUUAAUUUGAUUUAUUCAAAAAAAAAAUAAAUGAAAAUUUAGUAAUCAUUUAUAAUAAUUGAUAAUUAGUAAUUCAAUUAAAUUAAAAAUGAGGUUUAAAACCAAAUUAAUUAAGAUGAAGAAGAUUGGAGAUCUACUAUUGAUGAAAAAGUAAUUUUUUGUUUAUAAUAAAAACAGGAUUAGCCUAAUUAGAAAAAUUUUUAUGAUGAUAUUUAUAAAAAAAAACAAGAUGAAAUUUUGAAAAAUCAAGAUUUCACAUAUGUUGAAGCCAAUAAUGGUGAGAAUUUAUAAGUAUUUACUAAUGAAAAUGAAAAAGAUGAUCAAUAAAUUUCAAAUAAUACAAUAAAAUUAAAUUAAUAAAUAAAAGCUAGAAGAUAUGUUACUCCCUUAAAGGAAGAUAAAAUGGUUUUUGAUCAAAUUUAAAAAGAUGGAUUAUAAUUUAAACCAAUUCAGCCUCGUGUGAGUAGUUCUAUUAUAUUAUUUAAUGAAUUUAAGUAAAGCUUGAAUAAACUUUAAUUUUGUGAACAACUUUAUAAUGAUCUAAAAGAAUUUAUUUAAUCGGAUCAAAUAAAUGUAGAUAUUAAUUUUAAUUAUUAUUAGCUUUUAAUUGGGAGAUUAAUGUUAUUAAAGAGCAUGAUAAUAGAAGCUGAUUAAUCAAUCUUAAAAAUUUAAUAAAAUUGUCAAAAUUAGGACAAUAUGGAUUUGAAGCUUUAAGAUCUUUUAAAUUUUUCUUUUUCAGAAGAAUUUAAUCUAUAGAUUUCUAAAAUGUAUUAAAAUAAUUUUUAAUCUUAGAAAAGAAAAAAUAUAAUAAAAUAAAAAAUCUUUAUUAUCCCCAGAAUUAUUAUCUAAUCACACAACUGAUAAUAUCUCAUCAUUAUUAUUUUAAGGAUUACUUGAUAUUCAUUCUUAUUUAAGAGAUGAAACUAAUAAAGAACCAGAAAUUAUUAGAAAGAAACAAAUUGCCAUAACUAUUUUGAAAGUAUAAACUUGUGUGAAUUUUCAUGAAUUAGAUUUUUCAAACAUUGAUUUAAAAAAAUAGUUCGAAAAAAUUAAGUAAUAAAACAUUAUAGAGACACUAAAAAAAAUUUAUGUGGAUUGA